UCCGUCAGCAAUCACCACUCACACUUGGUUUGCUAACUCUCGUUCAAACAGUCAGCGUGUUUUAUUAUCACAUUCUCAUAGACAGACGGUUAUCAGUCACUAAUCGUGGUCGUAAGAACAACAAUAAUUACGCGACUGUAUAAUUCGAUUUUGCUAAAUUCCAACAACAAAAUCGUAAUUCUUCAGCAGUGAAUCCCGUGAUUUCAGGCUGAAAUUAACAACACCGAACAAACCAAUUCGAUUCAAAUCAUCCAACGAGAGUUUGACACCCUUUGCAAUUUCUUUUUUGUCUAACUCAUAUAAUAUCAGACGACAUGGCCGCAAUCGCCGCAGCUCAAAAGAACCGCGAAAUGUUCGCCAUCAAAAAAUCUUACAGCAUUGAGAACGGUUAUCCAUCCAGACGCCGCUCCCUUGUGGACGAUGCUCGUUUUGAGACCAUGGUUGUCACCCAGACAAAGCAAACCGUGUUGGACGAAGCUCGCCUUAGGGCUAAUGACUCCAGCCUUGAGCCAGAAGUUGAAAUUAAUGAGAAACCAACCCCGAAGCAGACAGAGGAUGGCGAAGAUGCUGGAUUAACUGAGGAGGAAAUCAUCCUGCAGAACUCGUUGAAUGAAGGACCGGAAAUCGUACAGAAGGCCGCUCUGGUGCUCCGUUUACGCGAGGGCAUGUCCUCUCUUUCGCGCGUCUUGAAGACCAUCGAGAAGUACUCAGGAGUCGUUUGCCACUUGGAAACUCGUCCGUCGCAAACGGACAAGAACCAAUUGGAUGUUCUUAUUAAGAUCGAGAUGCAACGUCAGCAUCUCUUGCAGCUGAUCAAGAAUUUGAGGCAAUCGGCUUCUUUGACAAGCGCUUCUCUCGUUGGUGAAGACAACGUCACCAACAAGAGCCCAUGGUUCCCAAGGCACGCUAGCGAGUUGGACAACUGCAACCAUCUGAUGACCAAGUACGAACCCGAUUUGGACAUGAACCAUCCGGGAUUCGCCGACAAGGAGUACCGCGCUCGUCGUAAGCACAUCGCCGAAGUUGCUUUCGCUUACAAAUACGGAGAUGCAAUUCCAUUAAUUGAUUACACCGAGACUGAGAACAAGACAUGGUCGGCUGUUUUCAAUACCGUGAGAGAUUUAAUGCCAAAACAUGCCUGUGCCGAAUACCGUCGUGUUUUCCGUAAGUUGGAAGAUGAAGGCAUCUUCAACACCACGGCUAUUCCUCAGCUCGAUGAGAUGUCCAAAUUUUUGCAAUCGCAGACCGGAUUCACCUUGAGACCUGCAGCUGGAUUGCUGACAUCUCGUGACUUCUUGGCUUCUCUCGCCUUCCGUAUCUUCCAAAGCACACAAUAUGUUCGUCACAUCAACUCUCCAUACCACACCCCAGAGCCGGAUUCCAUCCACGAGCUUUUGGGUCAUAUGCCACUGCUCGCCGACCCCAGUUUCGCUCAGUUCUCCCAGGAGAUUGGAUUGGCCUCCCUGGGCGCUUCAGAUUCUGAAAUUGAAAAAUUAUCGACGGUGUAUUGGUUCACCGUUGAAUUCGGUCUGUGCAAGGAAAACGGCGCUGUCAAGGCUUACGGUGCCGGACUUCUGAGCGCUUACGGAGAGCUUCUGCACGCCCUUAGUGACAAACCAGAGUUGAGACCGUUCGAGCCGGCUUCUACCGCUGUCCAACCCUACCAGGAUCAGGAGUAUCAACCCGUUUACUACGUCGCAGAGAGCUUCGAGGAUGCUAAGGACAAAUUCAGACGUUGGGUCUCGACCAUGUCCAGACCAUUCGAGGUCAGGUUCAAUCCUCAUACUCAGCGUGUCGAGGUGUUGGACACCGUCGACAAGCUCGAAUCACUUGUCAAUCAGCUGAACACCGAAUUAUUACACUUAUCGAAUGCCGUCAACAAAAUGAAGGCACCGGCGCUCGAAUAAAUUAUCUAACACAUCUUCUUCUAACAAAACAAUAAGAUAAACGAAGCAACAACAGCAAAAAAAAAACCUAAAACAUAGCAAAAAAAAA